AUGGACGCAAAUUUGUCAGCAGCAGACUUUGAUAAAAAGAGAAAACAGAAGGAGGAACGUCGUCGCAAAGAGAAAGAGAACAGAAAGAAUAAGAUCAAGGAGCAUAACCAGCAAAAGCAAGUUAAUCCAAAGAAGUCAGUUGAGAAGUUUAAUGAUUAGAAGAAGUUUGAGGAAAAUAAGGAGCUUUUGAAUCAAGAACUUAUUAAUGAGAUGAACGUAGCUCAAAAGUUAAGCUUUAUAAAAAUGACUUAGAAAGAGAUAGUUUCGAACGCAGAUGAGAAAUAUAGAAAGAUUAAUGAUUUAAUAGCACUAUGUGGAGAUCCUAAAGAUAUAGAUGUUGUCCUUAGAAGCAUCAAAGCCCUAUGUGAGGUAUUUUGUGAUGUGCUCCCAGCCUAUAGAAUCAGAGAGUAAAAGAUCGAUAUUAAUGAGGAUAAUGCAAAGACUAAUGAAGAGGGAAAGAAAACAGGAGGAAAGAAAAGCUAAAAGGUUUCAAAAGAAGUUAAAGUGAUGAGAGAGUAGGAGCAAUCUUUACUAGCAUCUUACAGAGAGUAUUUGAAGAUAUUAGAAGUUUUUUCAAAGACCAAGCCUGAAAAAAUCAUUAGAAAAUAAGGUAUAUAGGACUAAUAGAAAAAGAAGAGAGCACUGGAUGUUUAUCGAAAGUUGAGAGAGCUGAGCUUCAUAUCAUUUUGCAGUUUGCUUAAAAGACAUCCUCACUUCAAUUACAGAUUGAAUAUACUUCAAAUAAUCAUUCCUAAGAUCUCGACGAAUGAUGAAAUAAUCAAGAAGAUGGUCUCAUCAACAGUAUUCGAACUAGUAAGCAGUGAUGACAAUUCUCUGUUAGAAUUCAAGCUAGAAAUUUUAAAGGAGCUUGCUAAGGUGUUAAAGUCGCUUUCUAGUCACAAUAAAAUCGAUCCAAAUUUACUUGACAGUUUGGUAACGCAUAAGAUUAUUGUCGAUGAAUAAAAAGCUAAGGUAAUUGAUGAGGCAACCAGAAAACUAACUGAUCUUAAGUAAUAAAUGGACAAGCUAAGAAAGAAGGGUAAGUUUACUGAAUACAAGGAAAUGAAAGCAGAGCUAAUGAAAGAAAUGAAGGAAACUGAUGCUUUAGGGUUAGACUUAGGCUCGACUUCUAAAGUAAACAAUCUUAUAAUUAAGGAGAUCUUAGCCAUUUACUUUGGAAUACUUAAAAACAAGAGCGACUCUCCGUUGCUAAAGGGUGUAUUUUUAGGACUCCCCCAGUUUACCCAGUAUGUAAACAUUGAGAUUGUUUGGGACUUGAUAAGCGUACUGAGAGAGUAUCUUAAAAUGGAACUUGAAGAAUGGGAAAAUGGCAAGAAUAGCUCCCAAAAGAGGCAAAAUAUUUCAAAUGUUUUGACUGGUCUUCUUUGUUCAUUCUAGAUUAUUGAUAUUGGAGCAGGAACUGCAUUUAAUGUUGAAGAAAAAGAUUUCUUGGACACAUUAUAUGCUGUAAUUUAGAGAUUGUUUGAGCAUCCAUUUAACUACUCAACUACAGAUUUCCUAGCUUUUUUGAAAUGCAUGAAUAUAGUCUUCAUUCAGAGAAGAUAAUAUUCUAAUGACUUGGUUCAUGCAUUCGUAAAAAGGUUAGCUUUGUUAUAGGUUCACUUGUAUGAUACUGAGUAAUUAGCUAUUCUUUACCUAAUGAAGCAAAUUAUUACUAAAUAUCCAACAACUAAAUCAAGUUUACUUGAAAUGGACGAGGAAGGUAUUAAUAAUGCUUUCAAUUCCUAUGAAGGAAUCUAUAAGGCUGAUAUCAGUGAUCCUUAAUUGGCAAAUGCUUCUCAAUGCUCCAUAAUUUUGGAAUUGAUACAUACUACUACUCUCCUUAAGGGAAGUAAAAAUACUGUUAGCUAAGCAGCAUAUAAACUAGCCAAAGGAAUCUUAUUGAACGAAGCCUUGCAACAAGAAUAUCUAGGUUUAUCAGCAUUAGAAGUCAUGAAAAAAGUUACAAAAGAAAACAAUUAACUGUUCUGA